GGUAACUCUAUUGCAUCCCAUGAAAAUGGCGGCGAUCUCAAACUGCACAUGUAUGGGUUGAUGUGGAUUGAAUAUCGCUUGGCGUGUUUAACUCGAUGACCUGGCCCUAGUGACAGUCACUUUGGGAACUUUAGGUGAGACAUGGCGCAAAACACCAAGAGGAAGUUGGAUGAAGGUCAUGACACACUGACCCCUCCAGGUCAAAGGUCAGGGGAAGAUGACCACUACGAGGCUGAUGGAGAUCCUUGUGAAGGAUGUUCUUCAGCAGCUGAAGAAGGACCGAUGACUUCAGCCCACAAGAACCUCUUGACACGGAACAGGGCGCGGCUGGCCGAGAACAUGGUCCCCGAUGAUCUGUUCUGUCGUCUGUCUGCAAAGGAGAUUCUAACGCUGGCUGAGGAGAGGCGGAUCAAGGCCAAGGCCACAUGGGAGGGCAUGAACGCUGAGCUGCUGGACCAUGUUGUUAGAAGAUCCGACAAGGCGUUCUCUGUUCUGGAGGCAUCAUUGAGGGAGUCAUGUCAAGGUCAUCUGGCAGACCUGCUGUGUGGGGAGGACGGAGAAGGGGACUGUGGUGAGCGACUGAUGACAGAAGAGAACAAGCAAGCAAUUCUGGACAACCGAGUUGACCUCACCAACGACAUAACACCCGACGAAGUCUUCAACGACCUCAUCGCAGAUGGUAUCAUCACAGUUACAGAGGUUAAACGUAUUCAGAUUAAGAACACCCGCGAGGCAAUGAAUGAGGAGCUUCUCAACUACCUUGUGCGCCGAUGUGAUCGGGGAUUCAGGGUGUUUGUCAACUCACUGAAGAAAACUGGGCAGGACCAUCUGGCUAAACGGUUGAAUACCCCGUCACAGAGACUCGGACUGAAGCGAAAGAAGUUGAAGUCUCUGAGUAUUCCCCCAAGCGAUGCCUGCUGCAGUGACUUGAAGACACCCUCGAUCCAUACACCACUGCCAAAAGCCAAUCAAAAUCCAUCUUAUAAGUUAACAGCCAAUCAGAACUCAGGAUGCAUCUCGCAGAUUCCAUCAACAUCUCUGGACUCACCCUCACGUGAUGAUUCCCUUCAGUCAACCAAUAAGAUACCAGCUACUUCAGAAACAGCUCCAUCAACCAAUCAAAUUCCAUCUUACAGUGAAACCCCGAAUUCAACAACAUUCCAUCAAGAAACAUUCCAGGAGAGUGUGCUGGCUAAUCAAGUGCCAUAUUUACUGUCCAAUCAGAACAUAUCACCAUUGACCAAUCAGAGCAUGUGCCCUCUGACCAAUCAGAGUUCAACAAGUAACGAAGGCAGCUGUUCGCUGGAAGAUGUGAAACAGCAGAUUGUGUUGAUGGCGGAGAAUGCCUAUGCUAACAUCCGGCGCAGUGACGACAGCGGUGAGGCGUUCGUCCAGUUCAGUCAGGAGAUGGCUCAGACCACCGAGAGCAUCAACGAGUCACUGAAAGUCUACAAGAUGAUCAAGGACUUCUGUCAGAGGUCAGACGAUGAAGCCCAAGGUCAUGACGGCCUAGUUGUGCCAGAUGGGUCGUGAUGUGCCAUAUGGUUGAUAAUGACAUCCAGGUUGCAAUGACAACCAAGCCUCGCGUAUGGGACGAUGUUUGACAUAUGAUUGUCAAUAACAAUUCAAGUUCAAAGUGGAAGACGUCCAGGUUGCCAUGACAACCAAGCAGUGCAGAUGUGUCGAGAUAUAAACAUAAUAUUAUGAUGGAUUGCAUCUUUAGAAAACAGCUGUGAAGACAAUGACUAUGCUUGUCGUAAGAGGAGCCUAACGGGAUCGGGUGGUCAGGCUCGCUGACUUGGUUGAUGCAUGUCAUUGUAUCCCAAUUGUGUGGAUUGAUGCUCAUGGUGUCAAUUGCUUGAAUAUUGCUGAGUGCAGCAUCAAACAACAAACAAACAAACAGAAACUGUUUGUUCCGAAAAUAUAUAUGAUAUUUUUUUUUAAAUGCCUCCCGUCCAUAAUUUUUUAUUGUUUGGAUGAAAAUGGAACAGUUCAUUUAUUGUGGUCUAAGGAUGCAAUCUGUAAGGCAACAACAAAGAUUUUGAGCUUUUAAGGAGGAUGAAUGUUUUCCCUACCAGGGUGCCGUUGUACAAAACAACCUUAGCGCUACGAUGAUUGUAAGCCUAUGUUAAAGUAUGGGAGUUACGAUCACCUAAGCGCUAAGAUGGCUUUGUACAACGACAACCAGGACUGAUUAUAUUGUUGUAAGAUGUGAUUGUUGAGGAUAUAGGCUGAGGCUGUAUAGUCAUUUCCGUAAAGAUUCCGGGGUAGAAUAGGCCUUCAGCAACCCAAACUUGCCGUAAAAGGCGACUAUGCUUGUCGUAAAAGGCAACUAAAGGGAUCGGGUGGUCAGGCUCGCUGACUUGGUGGAUGCAU